AUGACUGCGUUUAACGAUUAUUGCAUAGUGUGUGAUCAAUUGAUUCUACAACAGUCUCCUAACACUAAACAGAAAUUGGCAUGCAAGAAUAAGAAACACGAUUGUAAUGGUGAUCGUCAAUUAUACUGCUCCGAAAGCUGUCAAUUGAAGGAUAAACACUCGAUACAUGCUUCUUUGGAAUCUCUAGAUGUGCGAGAGAAUUCUGGUACUUUGGAAGAAGAAGAUUCUUUAAUUACUUCGCCUUUGUUGCUGCCGAUGGAUUUCAAGACUGCCAAUGGUAUAGGUGAAAAUGAUGCUGAUGAUGAUGCUAGUAUCUACUGCCUCAUGAACAUGGAAUCUGCCAAUACGAUUGCUAUCCCUCGAUCAUCGAUUUACCAGCAAACUUCGCCGUCUAGAAGUGAGAUGUAUUUCGACCACAUUGCCGAGAACAACUAUAAACUUUGGCUAAAUCAAAGACAAUGA